CCCGCCCCCAACUUAUGAUUUUAUAGCCAAUAGGUGAUGAGGUUUAUUUGCAUAUUUCCAGCCACUUAAGCAGCGGUGGAGUGGAAACCCGUGUCAGGCUCAAUCCCUCCUCCUCCUCCUUCUCUUCCUCCUCCUCCUCCGGAGGAAAGCUGCCGCUUCUGCCCUCUCUUCUAAAGGGUGACCUGCCCUGCGCCCCACCGCGCUCCGUCCCUCUCCCGCCCCCGGCUCCCACCGCGCAGCAGCAGAAAGGCGCGCGCCGCGAUGGAGAGCCGAGCCCUGCUCCUGCUGGCCCUGGGCGCGUGGCUCCAGAGCCUGGCCGCGGCGCAAGGAAGAAAAGAUUUUAUGGACAUUGAAAGCAAAUUUGCCCUAAGAACCCCCGAAGACACAGCCGAGGACACUUGCCACCUCAUCCCUGGAGUCACAGAGUCUGUGGCUAACUGCCACUUCAACCACAGCAGCAAAACCUUCGUGGUGAUCCAUGGCUGGACGGUGACGGGAAUGUAUGAAAGUUGGGUGCCCAAACUUGUGGCUGCCUUGUACAAGAGGGAACCUGAUUCCAACGUCAUCGUGGUGGACUGGCUAUACCGGGCCCAGCAGCAUUAUCCAGUAUCUGCAGGCUACACCAAGCUGGUGGGAAAAGAUGUGGCCAGAUUUAUCAACUGGAUGGAGGAGGAAUUUAACUACCCUCUGGACAAUGUCCAUCUUUUAGGGUACAGCCUGGGAGCCCAUGCUGCUGGUGUGGCAGGAAGUCUGACCAAUAAGAAGGUGAACAGAAUUACUGGCCUGGAUCCGGCCGGGCCUAACUUUGAGUAUGCCGAAGCCCCCAGCCGCCUCUCCCCGGAUGACGCGGACUUCGUAGACGUCCUGCACACCUUCACCAGAGGGUCUCCCGGCCGGAGUAUUGGGAUCCAGAAACCAGUAGGGCACGUUGACAUUUAUCCCAACGGAGGCACUUUCCAGCCAGGAUGUAACAUUGGGGAAGCCAUCCGUGUGAUUGCAGAGAGAGGGCUUGGAGAUGUGGACCAGCUGGUGAAGUGCUCCCAUGAGCGCUCCAUCCAUCUCUUCAUUGACUCCCUGCUGAAUGAAGAAAACCCGAGUAAGGCUUACAGGUGCAAUUCCAAGGAGGCCUUUGAGAAAGGACUCUGCCUGAGUUGCAGAAAGAACCGUUGCAACAAUGUGGGCUAUGAGAUCAACAAGGUCAGGGCUAAAAGGAGCAGCAAGAUGUACUUGAAGACCCGCUCUCAGAUGCCUUACAAAGUCUUCCAUUACCAAGUAAAGGUCCACUUUUCUGGGACUGAGCGUCACACGCAGAUCAACCAGGCCUUCGAGAUCUCUCUGUACGGCACCGUGGCUGAGAGCGAGAACAUCCCCUUCACCCUGCCUGAGGUUUCCACAAACAAGACAUACUCCUUCCUGAUUUACACGGAGGUGGACAUCGGAGAGCUGCUAAUGAUGAAACUCAAAUGGAUGAGCGACUCCUACUUCAGCUGGUCAGAUUGGUGGAGCAGCCCCGGCUUCAUCAUUGAGAAGAUCCGAGUGAAGGCUGGAGAGACUCAGAAAAAGGUGAUCUUCUGUGCCAGGGAGAAGGUGUCUCAUCUGCAGAAGGGCAAAACCUCCGCAGUGUUUGUGAAAUGCCACGACAAGUCUCUGAAGAAGUCUGGCUGACACUGGACAAAUUACACAGAGAAGGACAGCACUGAGUUCUACGAAGAUUGGCGUGAACGAAUAACAAUCCCAGUGUCCGGGUGUCUAAAAGUGGACGUUCCUGAGUAUUAUCCCAGCUCUGUCGUUUUUGAGUUAAAUUAGGAGACAGUGUCAAGUACUUCACAUGGCUUAUACCAUGUGAGGAGUCUUCCAGCGCAGCCAGGACAGCAGUUAGGCAAAGCACUGCGCUGUCUUGUUUUUUAAGAAAGGAUUGCUUGUGAACCCAGUAAAAUAAGGCUCCUUGACAUGGCACGUUGGACCAUACAUAGUCUUAAAUUAGUUAGACCCCUUUAUUUUAAUGAGAAUUCUUUAGUUUUCAGACUGAAGCAUUCUCGAAGUUUUUCUUAACAGACUGCAUUUUUUAUUGCUAAUUUCUCCCUCUUUUUUUUUUUUCUUUGUCUUAAUCAUUGAAUUUUAACAUUAUUCCCUGGAUAUGCGUUGCAAAUGAGGUUGUAAUUCUUAGCUGACAAGGAAUUUGAGCGACGUAGGAAGAAAAUGGUACCAUAAUUUUACUUUUAUUUCCUUGAGAAAAUUAUCCUCCCCCUACAGCUCUGACUGGCCUGAAACUCAUGACGAUGCCCAGCCUCAACCUCCCAGUUGCUGGGACUAUAGAUGUGAGCCACCGUGCCUGCCUAGUUCCAUAAUGUUAUUACCAGAUUUUUCUAAUUGCAUUCAUCAACCUGAAUUCAUUCAAUGUCCAAUAUUUACUAUUCAGUUUUCUACUCUCAGCCAUAUCUCUUUCAUACUUCAAAGCAUCUUUCAUUUCUGGUUUGGAUGCAUUCAAGUUCAAAGUUUGCAUCGUGCAAAGGACACAUUUUGGAUAAGGGCCAUUUUUACCGUGUAAAAAGGUGGAGACACGACUGGGAUGUAUGCAUAAGCAGUUCCAAUAAACUAUUGUGUGCAAGGAAGAGAGUCCUCAAUCGCCAUAGCCACAGAAAGUCCCAUGAGGGUGGUCACUGUUGUUUUAUUUUUUAACAACUAAUCAAGAGUGAGUGGACAAUUAUUUAUAAACUAGAUCUCAUAUUUUCAGAAUGCUUUUUGUACUUAUUAAUAUAAGAUGGUAAGGAAGUCAAAUAUCUCAGAGGCUCUUGCUGGGAAUCCAAACUCAGCAGGCAUGUAGGUACCUGAACACUUGGUGCCCACAGGUAGACUAGCCAAUGCAAUAUCAUUUGGAAGGGAAACCAUCAAAGGGUGUGUUGGAACAUGUUGGAAGAGAAAUAAUUUCAAAUGUCUCAGAAUGUUAGACAAAGCUGAUUGUGCCUAUAUUAUAUAGGACAAAUGUGACUGACUCCAUCAAGCUUGGAAUUAAUUCUAACAAUAAAAUGAUGUGUAAUUUGUCACUGGCA